AUGGAAUUGACCAAAAUGGACACUGAAUUUGGAAGCAGGCGGAUCAGACUGGUGAAUGGGGCAGGUCGCUGUGCCGGGAGAGUGGAGAUUUAUUACAAUGGCAGCUGGGGGACAGUCUGUGAUGAUUCCUGGGACCUGCCAGACUCCAAUGUCGUUUGCAAACAACUGGGAUGUGGACACGCCAUCAAUGCAACUGUCUCUGCUCAUUAUGGGCAAGGAUCCGGGCAGAUCUGGCUGGAUGAUGUGAACUGCUCUGGGAACGAAUCCAAUCUCUGGGCAUGUCCUUCCAGGGGCUGGGGCCAGCACAAUUGCAGACACAAAGAGGAUGUGGGAGUUCUCUGCUCAGAAUUCACAGAUCUGAGGCUGGUGAGCAACAGUGACUGUGCAGGGCGGCUGGAGGUUUUCUACAAUGGGACGUGGGGCAGUGUUUGCUACAAUCGGAUGUCUGGAGUCACCCCAGCAAUUGUCUGCAAACAGCUGACCUGUGGGGAUGGAGGGCAGCUUGCAAAAGACUUUGCAUAUGGAGAAGGUUCUGGUCCGACGUGGCUGGACCAUGUUUCAUGCCGUGAGCAGCACAGCUCCCUCUGGCAGUGCCCAUCAGGCCAGUGGAAACAGCAGUCCUGUGAUAACCGUGCAGAAGAGACCCAUAUUUUUUGCAGUGACCAGGAGAAGUUACGUGUCGUGGAAGGAGAGGACAGAUGCUCGGGGAGAGUGGAGGUUUGGUACCGUGGCUCCUGGGGAACAGUUUGUGAUGACUCCUGGGACAUGGUGGAUGCUAACGUUGUGUGUAAACAACUGGGCUGUGGAUCUGCUGUAUCUGCCCCGGGUGAGGCUGCAUUUGGCGAGGGGACUGGUCCCAUCUGGGUGGAGACGUUGAAUUGCAGAGGGACAGAGUCAUCUCUCUGGGACUGUCCUGCCAAGCCCUGGGGUGAGAGUAACUGUGGUCAUAAGGAAGAUGCUUCUGUAAAUUGCUCAGGCUCCAGAAGAUCCUUGGACCCUUUCUCUGAGGCUGUGUAUGAGGAGAUCGAUUAUAACCUGAUGAGAAAGAAGCAGAUGUUUGGUCGCUCAGAUGAUUCAGUGUCGAAGCUGCAGUAUUACACCGGGGAUAGUGAGGGGGAAAACGAUCCUGCAUCAGAACAAGAAGGAGCUUUCCCUGGUGGUUCUCAGUUGGAUUACAAUAAUGUGGAGGAACCUGCAUCAAGCGACAUCCCCCAGACUCCAGAUGGUCAAGGUGCCCCAUGGGAUGGUUAUGAUGAUGCCAGAGAAGUUUCUAACACUGAAGAUGACCCUGCUUCUGGACAGAGUGCCCAGGAAGUCCCUGGAGCCCAUGGGGACAGUGACAGGAACAGAGAUGAUCAGACUGACUCCAUUAAAAUGCCAAACAACCCAAAAUUGAUCACCGUGGUGCACAUCAACGACCAGGAGGAGCCAGCCCUGGUGGACUCAGGAUGCGAGCAGACCCUAGUGAGAGAAGACCUGCUGAGGGAGGCAAAGAUCCAUUUGUAA